ACAAGAAGAACCUCGUUGAGCUUUACAAAUUGGAAUAUAACAAGUAUUUCAUCAAGGACCUUGAAACAAUGACUCAAGAUGGAGAUGAGAGCGUAUGGGCAUUUGGAAUGCGUUUCCAAAAGAUCUCCGACGUGCUGAUGAAGAAGGGGAAGAUCUCAGAGGUCGAGCGCUGUACUAUCUUCAUCGGACACUUGUCCAAAGGUAGGCAAAAGAGUAUACUUAGAGAUCUGCCGCGUGACAGGCUUGAUUUCCCAGAAGUUCUAAAGCUCGCGAUAAAGGCAGAGGCAGACGAUUACAAGGACUUGGUGUGGAGAGAGAUGAGGAGACGUGACUUCUCUCUCUACAAGGAGUAUGCCACUGAUAGAUGUCCAGAUUUCAAGGACUAUCCCUGGUCGGAGAAGAAUGAGGCCGUGGCUGAGGAAGUGAAGGAGAUACGGGACAUGGUGAAGGGAUUAACGAGACAGGUUACAGAGAUUGUGACCGCUACAGGGGCCACGGCCUACCGGGACAAACCUGGAGGGCCCUAUUCACUUCGCUGGGACCGUAGGAACAACGAUCCCUGGAGGAGUGUCGAGGAUAGAAAUCCUCGGACGCUGACUGAUUAUCAUACGAGGGGAAGAGAGAGAGACGAUGAGCCAUGGCGACGUAGGGACGAUGAGAUAGACCGAGACCGCAGAGAUCGCGAGCCGUUUGUGCAAGCAAGGAGGUUGGAUGAUUAUCCGCGAAGCCCUCCCUACGAGGCCGAUCGGGGUAGAGGCGACUCCCGCGGCCGAUGGGAGACAGGACAGAGCCGACGAGAUGGAUAUAGGGACGAUAGAUAUGAGAGAUCGGACCGAGAUGGAUAUAGGGACGACAGAUACGAGAAGUCGGGUCGAGAUGGCUACAGAGGAAGUAGGUAUGAGAGAGGAGAUCGGGAAUGGGAACGACAAGAUGGGUCGCGCGAACGGUUUGAGCGCGGGGAAGAUGCGAGAGAGCACCGCGACGAGUCGCGGGGAUGGUACAACCGAGGGGACCGACGCGAUGAGUCACGAGGAGAUAUAACUCGGGGGACCGCCGGGAUGAUUCGCGAGGGCGGUAUGACCAAGGAGGGUUUGGAGGAGACCGGCGCAACGAUCCGCGCGGUCGGAAUGAGAGAGAGGGAUAUGACGUCUCAUCAGAACCAUAUCCCAAGUCGCCUGACCCCAAGGCGGCCAGGAGUUCGAUCUCUAGAGGCGCAGACGACAAGGCAACAACUCCGAGGAACUCAUGCGUCUACUGUAGAGGAGAAGAUCAUAUCAAGAGGGAUUGCCCGGACCUUAAACAAGGACGGGCAGCGGAUCGAUGGAGAGGAGGUUAUUCUUUCGCCGCGAAAGCGGGGAGUAAAGAAGUUCUUAAUGAAGAGCUCGCUGGACGAGAUUGACACGGUCGAGCCAUUGAGGCGGGCCCUUCGGCAACCCAUGCAGUGCUCUAUUCUGGAGUACCUGGCGGCAUCGAAGCCGGCUCGUGAUGAGUUACAGAUGAUCACGCGGAAGACUCGCAUACCUCUAUCCGAGGAGGGUCACGCCCCUAAGGCGGAAGCUUCUACAGUAACAGUAACGGGGGUGACUGCCAGAGCGGAUCGCAUGGCGACAGUCCUUCUCGAUGGAAUGGAAGGUGUGUCUCUAGACAAGUUUUAUAUACUUGGUAGCAGGGCCGUGGAGACGAUUAUAAACGAGGAAGCGGUACUCGAUGCUGUGAUUGAUAACGACAAUGAGGCUGUCAUCAUAGACGAGGACCUGGCGGUACAAGUUGGACUGGGCCUCGAUAGGUCAUACCUAUUCGAGAUAGAGACGGCUGAUGGGAGAAAGCAACAGAUCACUGGGGUUUGUCACAAGGCAGUCAUAGAGGUCCAAGGGGUACGAGUGACCCUGCCUGUCUUUGCAGUCAAGAACUGCAGCUCCGACCUACUCUUGGGACGAACGUGGCUCAGCCACGUGCAUGCGGUGACGAUAGAGCGACCUGAUGGGAGCCAAACAUUGUGCAUUAAGAAACCAGACGGGACGCGGGUAAUGAUUGAGACAGUGGAGCCUCGGGAUCCGAGGAACAGAGCGGCUCUCGCUGUGGGUGCCAGAGCCAGUGAUCAGAUUAAGUCGUUACCUAUCUCCUGUCGCGCGGUGCGAUUUCGCGAGAAGAAAUAUGGACCACUGCUCACAGAGGAAGAAGGUCGGAUCGUGGAGGUGGAAGAUUUAGGGAGUCGGCUAAUAGUGAACGGCAACUCGUACCCAAAGGAAAAAGAUGAGGAAUUUGGCGGUCCGUGUCUUUUUUAAGGGCACGGCCCCCUAUGAGGGGCUACCCAAGCGACACAAGCGAGUAGCUCAAAAAGUUAAGCCAGU